AUGAGUUCGGCAGCUGAUGAGAUUCGUCGACCGUCACCGUCUUUGCAAGAUCCUAACUCCAAUCCUCUCUAUGUUCAUCAUGCCGAUCACGCUGGUAUUGCUCUUGUAUCUGAGAAACUAGCGGGUCUAGGUAACUUCAACACUUGGCAUAGAUCAAUGCUUAUGGCUUUAGGAGCUAGGAACAAAGCUGUAUUUGUUGAUGGAACUUUUGCGGAAGUAGAUAUGAGUCAUCCGGAUUAUGCGUCUUGGUCUCGUUGCAACAACAUUGUUUGUACUUGGAUCGUGAAUGCUGUGGAGAAAUCGAUUGCGAAGAGCCUCAUGUACCUGACUACAGCAAGGCAGAUGUGGCUGGACAUUCAUGAUCAGUUCAAACAGAGUGAUGGACCAAGGCCAGCAGAGAUUAAGAAGCAAAUAUUUGCGGAGACGCAAGGUUCUCAGAGUGUAAAUGACAACUAUACAAAGUUAAAGCAGCUCUGGGAGGAGUUGAAGAAUCAUGAGAGCCCUUACACUUGUUGCUGUAGUCGUCUGGAUUGUUUGUUGCUGUAG